AGGGUCCCCCCCACCUCCACUCUACACAAAUCAUUACCAAAGAAACCGCCGUUCUCCUCUUCCCCCUUUCUCAAAAGGUUCUGGAUCUUGUGGCGCCCAGCCGAGCUUUGAGGAAUUGGAAUGCCACUGUUGGGCUCAUGAUCGGUGCACUGACUGGGAGAAAAAAGGAACCCUUGGAAUACCCGCUCGAAAGGAACCAGCAGUCCAUGGAGAGACCUUGACGCUCACGAAGAAGAUCUGACUAAAUGGUGCAAUGCCAUUCUCCGCUUCAGAGGAUCUCGCGUCGGUUGUCAGCCAACUGAUGGCAUGUUGAGGCCCACUGAGCAGCGGUGGAGUGGGUGCGUGACAGUGAGGGGGCGGCUCUAACAACUGGGUGUGCACCAAUAUGGGCCAGUGCGUCACCAAGUGCAAGAACCCUUCUUCCACCCUCGGCAGCAAAAAUGGCGAUCGGGAGUCAAGCAGCAAGGCUCACAGCAAACGGAGCACGAUCCAUAAGGAAGAGCACAGCACCAUUGGCGGGAAAUCCUCUGGGGAUAUCCUUGUCAAUGGGACGAAGAAGAUGGAGGCGGCCGUAGAAUCCAGUCAGCCUCCGACUUCCUCCGGGGACUCCAAGAAAGAGCCAGUUUCUGGCACGGAGGAAUCCUCCCUCCACAGGACUGAGGAAUUAUUUAGGAGGUACAAGGACGAACGAGAAGACGCCAUAUUGGAGGAAGGCAUGGAGCAUUUUUGCAACGAUCUCUGUGUUGACCCCACUGAAUUCAAAGUGCUAGUCCUGGCCUGGAAAUUCCAAGCAGCUACCAUGUGCAAAUUCACAAGGACGGAGUUCUUCGAGGGCUGCAAAGCAAUAAACGCAGACAGCAUCGACGGGAUUUGCGCCCGGUUCCCCAGCCUCUUAAACGAAGCCAAACAAGAGGAUCAGUUCAAGGAUCUCUAUCGUUUCACCUUUCAGUUUGGCCUGGACUCCGAAGAGGGACAGAGGUCGCUGCAUCGGGAAAUAGCCGUCGCCCUUUGGAAACUAGUCUUCACUCAAAACAAGCCUCCCAUAUUGGACCAGUGGUUACACUUCUUAAACGAGAACCCCUCAGGAAUCAAGGGAAUUUCCCGGGACACGUGGAACAUGUUCCUAAAUUUUACUCAGGUCAUUGGGCCGGACCUUAGCAAUUACAGUGAAGAUGAGGCUUGGCCUAGUCUCUUUGACACCUUUGUGGAAUGGGAAAUGGAGCAGCGGAAGAGGGAAGACGACACCAAACGCAUUGCGGCUUCACAGACAGCAGGCCUGUGUACAGACCAUUAUACUUAGCAGCAUUUAAACGCAGCAGCGACCGCUGUAACCUGCUAACCCUUCAUUACCCAUAAGCUCUGGACUCCUCUGGAAUUUACAGACGCUCCAGAUUUUUCUACUUUACACCUUUCUCUGCCUUGUAUUUUGAAAGGGCUCUAAAAUGCUGUAUCCAUAUUUUAGGCACUUUCUUUAAAUGUUGGGUUAUUCCGAUUUCUUCUUUUCCUGAAAUGUUUGACCCCUGGCUGCAAGUGAAAUGAUUUUUCUUUAAUGGUUUCAGAUUUGGUAUAAUUCCGUUUUGACGUUGGUUACAAAACUUUUUUUUUAAAAAACAACAACCCACAAACACCUUCUUUCUAUUUUGUUUUUUGGUGAGGUUAAAUUAACAUCGCUAAAUUAUACAGUGCCAGACUGAAUUUCUUCAAAUUUACAUCUUUUUUUUUUUUUCCAGGGCAGGUCUCUACUGUGUGUAGUGCUGUUUACAUUUGCUGAAUUUUUUUUUUAAGGUUCUGAUAAUUUUAAGUUUUAUACCAUGAUUAAUAACAGUGUUAACUGUUAAUUACAAAUGCAUUUAAUUCCCAGGUAAAUACGAUUUUGAAAGCCAAUGAAAGCAGCAGUAUUUCCUUUGUAGCAUGGUUAACUUCUUUUAAGUUGGCCCUUGGCGUUUAUGAAAAAUAUUGAGGUUUUGUUUGAAAGAAUAUACUGUACCUGCCAGUCAGCUGAGAAUUAUUAAGUUUUUUGAACCAUUGACCACGAGACAUUUGGUUCUGUGGUGAGGGUUGUGUUUCGUUCUUGCCCUCCAGUACUUUGGAGUGUCCCCCCCCCCUGCAAAAAGUUCUGCCAUAAUUAUAAUUUGGGGCUCCUUUGUUCACUUUUCAACAGCAGGCUGUAUAAGUACUAAGCUCCAUACUCACCAGAUGCCCAGUAAGCACAGGAAGUAGUAAUGCAUGGAUAUGUCACUUCCUCCCACACUUGAAUGAUUAAAAAUCUCAAGUUCUUCCUGUCUCAUAAAUGAAUCUGCAAAUUUUGGUCCAUUCUUACCAAUGAAAUGCCAUCGUCACCCAUCUACACGGGCCAAAUUCAGUACGUACCACUUUUCCGAGCAGGGAGAACACCGUGAUGUACCUGCCUGACAUAGGUAGCUCUUGAAGAUGAGAAACUUCUCGGGAAAAGAGGCAGUAAUACAGCACUGCAAGGGAUACAAUCCCAGACUUUUAAGAGCUAGCUCAGCACUCAAAGAACUUCGUUGAUGGACAAAUCUGUCCGUUUCAAUUUCUCCCACAUUCCAUUUUUAAAAUGUUUAGGUACUUUCCAUCCCUCUAUGAAGAAACUUGCAAAUUUUAAUAAGUUCUUCUCGAAAACACAAAAACCUCAGACCAUCUAGAACUGGGGCUUUCCCUCCCCUUAAGAAAUAGCCAGUUUUGCAGGGAGUCUGCUAAAUCAAGCCGCCCCAAACGUGAUGUGAGCGGAUUCCCCUCUCAUGCAGGAGGGUGUGCGCACAGCCAGCAGGGCUCCUGCAGCUUGUCUAGGCCACAAUCUCCAUCCCUCGCUUUGCGUGAGAUGCAAUAGAGCAGUGCUACCUCAAUUCUAAAGGCCAUCCGCCUCCCCCGUCCCCUUCCCCCACCCCAACGGAGCUCUUCUUUUAGACAAGGGAUUGUAUUUGCACGACGGUGUGAAAACACCUUUACUUGACUCAAAGCCAAAGGUGUUUUUUUCCAGAUUUAUUAACGUUGAGAGAAGUGGCAAAUUUUACCCUCCAGGUGGGGAAAAACUUCAAAACUCUGCUUUAAUUUGCUGUAUUUGACGCUCAGAUGAAAAUGUUAUCUUACUUGGCUGAGAAGUACAGUAUAUUCAUGUAAGGCUAUGUGCAUUCUUUAAGAGAACCUUUAAUUGUAGCAAUCCUCCCACUUCUCUGUACGAGAGAAUUUGCACCCGACGAGUAGAAUUUCCACUUUGUUCCCGGAAGGGCUCCUGUGCCUUUUAAUCACUUGCAUCCCGAACAGAGAUUUUGACAGAUGUUUCUUCUUUUUGUUGUUGCAUGGAAAUGCAGUGAUUAGAAAAAGCUGCACCAGUUGGAUUUCUACUUGUCGGGGUGCUGUCAGAGGACCAGAUUUCUGUCAAAUGGGAUUGGGGGAGAAAACAAAGGUGCCCCCCAUUUGGAAUGGGCUCUUAACGGCAUCAGUUUAUGCGCCUCAUUUUGGGCUGAUGUAACAAUGCUUUAACUACAACUAGAUAUUCCCCCCUCCCCUUUUAAAUUUUUACCUGUACUGGGAGUUAUUUGCUUGCUUGAAACUGUUGUGACUGACUUUAUAAACAAUGACAACACCUUGCCAACAUUUUAAAACUUGGGAAAAGGAAUAGCUGCCGAGGCUUUCGCCUGACCUCCAUGUUACUGUUGGAAAAGGAAAGGACAGUAAAACUUGAUUUCCACUCUCCCAAGGGAAGGCUCUCAAAGGAGGCGUAGUUUUUAACUCAACAACAACUGAGUCAGUGGCCCACUUGGGCUACCUUCUGAAAUGACUUCUAAACCUGUACAUUUCAUGGAGAGUUUGUAACUAACACGGGAUGGGUGCCAAUAGCCACCUCUUCUGCUGCAUGGCAGGUUGGGCAGCAGGUGCACCAGCCUGCUUCAACCUGGCAUCCUCCAGCUACGUUGGGCCACAGCUGCCAUCGUCCCCAGCUGGCAUGGCCACACCGGCUGGUGUUGAUGGGAUGUGUUGUCCAAGACAUCAGGAGGACGCCUCUUUUCCGUUGAGCCUGGUGCAGUGUGAGCUUUUGAGCUCUGUUUCCCUGUGUUGCUCCUGCCCCCUUCGUGCAGUAGAACAGGCCUGGUGACGUUCCUCCUUCUCCCCCCCGGCCUUUUUGUGUUCCUCCCCAUGGCGUCUGCAUGGGCCCACUUGGAUUGUACCAAUUGGGCAGUUCCGUCGACACAGUCUCAUCUGGAUCUUAAAUGGCUAACAAUCCUGGGGCAGAUAAAAAAUAAAUAAAUACUUGAAA